AUGGCCUCUCGUCGCUCCCUCUUCUCCUCAGCUUUGCGCGCCUCAGCUGCCGUCCAUCCCGCGCGGCCUAUCUUCACAAUUGCUGCCCGUACAGCAAGACCCUCGCUAGCACCACGAGCAUUUGCGCCCUUUGCCAAGUCGUUGCGAAGCUAUAGUAGCGAAAAGAAUAACCCCGAAAAAGAAAUCAAGAAGUGGGAGUUUGACGAAUUGAAAAAGCUCGUGGAAGAUGGCGCUCAUGACAAUAUAGUUAUUGUUGAUGUCCGAGAACCAUACGAGCUCUUCGAGACGGGCAAGAUCCCCGGCGCGAUCAACAUUCCUAUCACAACGGCAGUGCAGAGUUUCCAUAUCCCCGAGGAGGACUUUGAGGAGAUGUACGGCUUCGAGAGACCUCCAAAGAACAAGGAGCUGCUGUUCUACUGCAAAGCUGGCGUUCGCGCAAAGUCGGCCGCGCACUUAGCUCAGCAUGCUGGCUGGACGAAGGUGAGCGAUUAUCCCGGGAGCUGGUUGGACUGGGCGGCGCAGAACGGGCCGGUCGAGGGUGUCAAGCGGCCUUAG